AUGCCUCCAGAAGAUAUCCCCAUUUCCCGUCCCAACGAAGAGGAUGACGGCUUGGAGAACCCCAUGAGAGCCAUUGUCGUGGUCAACUCGCCAGACGUGCCAGAAGGCGAGAUGGAAGAGAGAAUGCUUGAUUGCGUUCAGACCUUCGAUGAGGUGGACCAGUUUUUCGAUAAAUUCGAUGAAGACGUGGCCAUGCCCAACGAGUCUCAUAUUAAGUAUGAGGUGGGAAGUGACGGUCUUGUUGUUAUUAUUGUGGACUCGAAAGAGCUUAAACUGACGGUUUUGAAGUUCAUCGAUGACUUUGCAGCCAAGGUAGGUGAUUCCGCUAAGGACGAUGCUUCCAAGGACGGUGACGACGAAGAGGAGGCUCUGGCCAAGAGACAGAGGAAGUGA